AUGAGCAACUGGGCGAGGCGGAUGCACCGGCGAGCUGCUACACUUAGCAAUGUGGUUACGUCUUGUGGUCAUCCAAAUACUCUACCAUACCCUAGAAGAUUAGAGAAGGUGAAGUUUGGUGUACCCUUACACGAAGUAUGCAAGGAUGACAUACCAGGACCUUUGCUCGUGCUGAUAUUGAAGCUGAACAAAGAGGCACCGUUGCGACGGGAUGUGUUUCGCGCGCCAGGACACCAAGGAGCUAUGAAGAAGCUCAUACACUUCCUUCAAACUGGACGACUCGUUAAUGUCGAUAACUAUUCCGUUUAUACGAUAGCAAGCGUGCUGAAAAAAUUUCUGAGAAAAAUACCUGGAGGGGUGUUUGGUCGCGACGGAGAAAUGCAUCUCUUUACUGCUGUAGAAUUACCACCAGAUCAACAAGUUGAUGCAAUAAGGAGGUUGCUAUUAUCACUGCCCGUUUGCACGCAGAGAUUGUUGGUGCUACUCUUCGGAACGUUCAGGGUGAUGGCGUCCAACGCUGAGAAGGCUGGUACUGGAAUGACAUCAGAAGCCCUAGGCGUGUCGGUGGCACCAUCGUUCUUCCACUCGUGCGUGUCCGACGGGAAGACUGCUACAAUGGAAGAUGUACAGAGAUUCAAGGUGGCUACUCGCAUAAUGCGUCAACUGAUCGAGCAAUUCAGCGCAGGGGAUCUAUUCGGUAGGGAAAAUUACGAGUACUACGCACGAGUUACGGGAAGGAUAUUACGGGUGCGGGACGAGUGGAUAUGCUCGUUCCGUGAUCCUCCCCCACCGAGACAUCAUAGAGAUCAGGAAGCUUAUGCACGUCAGUUAUCGUUAGAGGCUGAGAAAACAUGGCUUCAGUGUGAAUGCGAUCGCUGGGGCAACAAGUUCAAUUUAGAAGGUCUGUCCAAGUCGGAGGAGUGCCAGUCCAUGCCGGCGCUGGUGGGCGCGGCGUGCGGGCCGGGCGCCGGCGCCGGCCUCGGCAUCAUCCCCGAGCACAGCCUGCUCGACUCCUGCACGCGCCUGUCCAUAUCGCUGGAGGAGAGCGUGUUUAAGGUUUCAGUGAGCUCGUCGUCGCAAUCAUCCCGCAGCAACUCGAGCCCGCACAUGACGCUCGAGGAACUGCGCGCCAUAAACAAGUACGCGGAGAGCACCAAGAGCCUCUCCUACUUGCCUCAGGUGCACGAGCGGCAGCGGGCGCGCAUGCGGACCCGCUCCGAGUGGUUCCUGCAGCCCGCCGCCUCGCUGGACGCCCGCCCCCGCGCAAGUACGCCGCCCGCCCCUCCCCCGGCCCCCGCCCCCGCGACCGCCCGCCCGCCCUGCGCGCGCGAGAGCAAGGCCCUCCUAGCGCUCGUCGCCUCGGCCCCGGUCCGCCCCCACCAACAACGGCACGUGCACACAGGCGGGUCGCGGCGGCGGUCGCGGCGCGCGCGCCUGUGCCGCGCCCUCACGCACUCCGACACUGAGGUGCCGCUCGCUCUCCAGCCUCGUCAAGUGACCGCG